GCCUGAGAUUUACAUACAGACUUUGUUGGUCGUCGGAAUUUUAGUACCAAACACAAUUUUUACUCGAAUGUGGUCAUACCCAUUUCUAAUUGUGCUGCGGAAAAGAAAAAGUGUUCUCCAUUUCUCUACUUAACGCUUCGUUCUAUCUAGAGAGAAUGCAGUCUAGUGUGGUUCGCAGUGGAUUUUUAUUCUUCAGAUUUAGUAUAAACGAGAGAAAGCCUUACAAGAAGAGUUAUGUCGUCCUCAACAACGGGGGGCAGCAAUAUCGUCCCUGCUUGCAAGUCUACGAGGACGACAGGCAGUAUAUACCGAACAACUGCAUGUACAUGAUCCUGGACCUGGACGUGAAGGAGGCGAUGCAGUGGCAAGGGAAGGAGGACUGGGAACUCCACUCCUUCCAGAUUGUUACCAACGAAGGCACGUGCGUGUUUUCACCUGGCGACAAAGAGGAGAUGGACGCGUGGCUCAAGGACGUCAGGGGGAGCUUAAUGUAUUCACCGAGCUUCAAGAAAUCGACUCAGAUGCCCUUGCAAGGAAACUUGCUUUAUGAAAAUUGUGAAAAGAAUCAGCCAACGUUUCUGGUGAUGCCUGACGCCCUGACAUCAUCAAGGUUACAAGUGAGUGGUACCGUAGUACUGGCUGUCAGGAGCGAGGGUUUGGCGGUCACUUCAGCCGACGGCCGCCUCAUUGCCCCGUUUCACCUAAAGGCCAUCCGGAGUUUCGGCUACAGUCUGAACGAUUUCAGGUUCUCGACUGGAAGGGCGUGUUGCCUUGGGGAGGGACGCUUCACUUUUCUUACAGAGCAGGGGAAAGAAAUCGUAUACUAUAUCGAAGAAACAAAGAAAGAGUACAAAACCGGCGUCAUUUCUCCCUCUGCAACGAAGUCUCCCAAAAGCGACACGACAGAACACACAUACGAGGAACUCACUUACAUGCCCUUCCCUUUUUCCGAUGGCCAACGCUCUAGUUCCUUGAGUUCGCCUGAUCCUGUAGCUCCCAGCAUGGCGACGGGAACUACAGCGCCCGCCCGAGGAGGAAGCUCUUUACUCAGGGAGCACGAGUGGCAGAUCAAGACCAUGAUGGUGCUGGAGUUCGCCAAGGAGUUCUGCAACGGCGACAGCAGGCGUUAUUGCGAGAUCCUCAAUAAAUUUCUGGAAAGGCAAGGACUGACACCAUUCGUGUGGGACUGUUAACAGGGCAUUCUCAGGAGGCGGGGUAACCAAUGGGCGCUGUAAGCGUAAGGCGUUGUGAGGUUCUUCAUCACCGCUGCCAUCAUAUGUAAGCGUAAGCGACCACCGCAAGCCACUAGAGGUAAGCGUAACAGAGAUGGUCUUUGGGCGGUCAAUGAAAGGGGUCAUAACUUGCUGGUUUAUUUCUGAAGAUAGAUAUGAGACCCCCGAGAGACCCCCGUGUGGAGGACGAGGUGGUGGAGCUGGACCCUGUGUGGCCUGUCUACCGUGUCUGUCUGUGUCUCCCUCGUCUUAGACGCGUGCCCUUUUAUGCGGCGGUUUCCUUGGAGGGCGGAUGUUUAUCCUGUGCGAAAAGAGAAAGGAAGGCAGCACCUGCAUCCUGCGCAAGGAGAAAGGCAUUUGCUUGGACCGAGGUGUGAAUCUGCCAUCCGGUCUUGCUACGUAUUAUUCACAGGCGCCCGAAGGCAGCCUCGGCCAAGGACAUCUCCAGCAACCCUUUCUAGAUGAAGUGAAUAACAAUUAUUGAAAGAAUUUUAAUUACAGACUCACACUCACCCACACAC